AUGGCUGUGCUUCCUGAUGCAGCGUCACUCGCUGGGUUCUUAGCAAGCACGCUUUUCAUAGAAUCCACAGUAACUCGGUCUCGUCAGGAUAAUGACUCCGAGGGCAAGUGUGAAUUGGUGGGCACGUUUUCCCUUAUUACCCAGGCAUUGUUGGGUCUUUUAUGUCUACUGUCGCUUUUAGUCAAGAGGUUUUACGAAUACCCUGUGAGGAGAACAUGGCCAGUCUGGAUGUUUGACGUUUCUAAGCAGGUGAUUGGAGCGUUUGGAGUACAUGUAUUCAAUGUUCUACUAUCUAUCAUUAAGACACUGCCCGAGGAAUGGCUCAGUGCAACUGGAGAUGAAACCGGCGAUCCAUGCGAUUGGUACUUCUUGAGUAUUGUGUUUGACUGUACUAUUGGCGUGUACAUUCUUUACCUCGUGUUCCGCUGUUUCAACUGGUUCGCCAAAACCCAUCUUGGCUUCACCCAGAUAGAAUCAGGCCAAUAUGGACCAGAUCCUCACAAUCCAAGUAAGCGUGCUUAUAUUAAGCAGCUUGGUAUUUAUUUCGGUGCGUUGAUGGCGACCAAGUUCAUCUUGUAUGGCUUGGUGGAGUGCUUUGAGACAGAGCUCUUAUGGAUAACGAGCAAGAUCCUCUUAGCAUGGCUCGAUGAAUACCCGAAUGAGUUCGAGAUAUUCGUUGUGAUGUUCCUUGUGCCCAUCUUUAUGAACUGUUUGCAGUUGGUGUUGAUUGACAACUUCAUUCAAAAUCAGGUCAUUUACAGAACCAACGCCAGAAGCCACAGAAGACGCUCCCAUGACGCCACUCACCACGAUAUAGAAGAAGGCAACGGUCUCUUGCCGAAAAGAUCACAUCCAGACGAGGAGAAUCAAGCAGACCACUACGGAUCUACAAGCUGA